CAAGACGAAGCAGGGUCAGGGUUUUAGCGAGGUUUUUCAAAGUCAUAUACCCUGGUUCUCUCUGCUAUUCUCUCAGUUGCAAUUCAUCUUUAUUUAAACAACAUAAUAAGGAAACCUCCGAUUCACCUCCGAUUCUCUAAUGGCGACGCCGUCACAAGCGCUGGCCGUUAAGUCUCUCAACAAGAAUUCUGGCCGCCGCCGCUUUGUCUUCAAAAGUGUCUCACAACGGUUAGAUGACAUCGAUAUCAAUGUUUUCCGAAGCCUUGAUAAAGUUAAAACUGCGCCUUCUGAAGAAGGUGGCUCCUUUUUCCGUGAUUGUCUCUACGAAUGGAGGGAAUUAAAUACUGCAGAGGACUUCAUUUCAUUAUAUGUGGAAAUAGUUCCUUUUGUAGAUAAGCUUCCCUCAGUAUUGUACCACAAGGAACUGAUAUUCUCCAAACUUCUUGGUAGAUUACAAAUGAGAGCAAGACUAUCACUUGAGCCUAUUUUGGGGUUGAUUGCAAUUUUAUCAAGAGAUCUCCUUGAGGAUUUUUUACCGUUUUUGCCGAGGAUUGUUGAUUCUUUCGUUUCUCUUCUUGAAAGUGGUGCUGAUAGAGAGCCAGAUAUUGUUGAGCAGAUUUUUACAUCUUGGUUUUAUAUUAUGAUGUAUUUGCAGAAAUAUCUCAUUCAAGACAUUACAAGUGUGCUUAAGAUUACUGUAAAAUUAAGAUAUUACCCGAAGGAUUAUGUCCAAGAAUUUAUGGCAGAAGCUACAUCAUUCUUGCUGAGAAAGGACCGUCAGCAGCUAAAACCAGGUAUUAGAAAGAUCAUGUUUGAGGUUGUGAAGAAACCAUCACCUGAAAGAAAAUCUGGAGUCAGUGGUUUACUUUAUCAUGUUAUGAGAGGAACAGCAUCAAGAUUCCAUUCAGAAGCAGAGCACGUUUUGAGGCUAUUACUGAGCAAUUCAGUACUUUCUGUUGGUGAUAAGUUAAACCAAGGUUCGAUUGUUGUCGAAGUUGUGAUCUCAGCUUUUCAGAGAAUAGGUGACAAUUUUGAACCCAAGGAAUUAAAUUUGAUGAGCGAGUGCUUAUAUCAGGAAAUAACUGCCUGUUUAGCUAAUGGAUGCUUGUUGCACCUAAGUAACCUAUUGUCGCUGCUUAUUGCUAUCAUUCAGAUUGAUAAGGGUUGCAAGUUUUCUGAUUACCAGUCAGUGCUUGAGCAUGUGGAUAUACUUGUUCGAAAAUUUGUCUUACCUUCAGGUGAUGGUAAGGAAGUUGACAAAUUAUCCGAAGUCAUUGAUAAAGUUCUGCAACUCAUGCUAUGCACUCUGGAUGGGAUACACAGAAUUGAUGAUAUGUCCACUAUGUCUGACUGUAUUUCACAGUGGGCUCCUGUUUUUAAGUUGAGUAAUUCAAGUUUGUUGACAUUUAUCAGAGAGCUACUAUUGAAAGAACCUUGCAUAAUGUAUACAUUCAGAGUUCAUAUUUUAAGUGCAAUGAAUGAUAUGAUAGAAACUUCAAGUGAAGAAGUUAUGUUUCUGUUAUUAUCCUUCUCUGAGAGACUGCAUAUGAACCCUCAAUACAACUUGUUAGAUGGAACAACUGAGGACAUAUUAUCUAGAAUUUGCAAUUUUCUACAAGAGAAAAUCUCUUCCCUAAUAAUGAUUCUUCGUGGUAAUUUAUCAUCUAUUCAAAUUGAUGAGACCAAGUUGGCUCUGAUGUGGGGAGCCAUCAGGUGCUAUCCUUGUAUCUUGGAUGUUCAAACAAGCUCAUCUUUGCUUAUGGAUUUGAUAGAUGCACUUGAUCUUCUUACAAUGAGUGAUGGCGAAAUUGUUGCAGGCGUCCCUAAACAAAUUUGGCAAAGCCUAGCCGGUGCAGCUUUAACUUCAUAUAGCGAAUGGCAUCGGGCGAAAAAAGUUGGGCUUGAAGAAACUAGUAAAGUUUUGCAUAUAGCGAAAGCAUGCAAAUCAUCCUCACAAGUAUUAAGUGCUGCUGCUGAUUAUUUGGAUUAUGUGCAUGGGAUUACAUUGCAAGAAGAUAACAGCCAUAAAGAAUACCACCCAGAGCUCAAAGUGGAAAAAGCUGUGGAUGCAGUUGAAACCUUUGCUGAUAAUUUGUGCCAAUCAGACAAGACUAUUCGUGUUGCAACUCUUAGAAUUUUAUGCCACUAUGAACCUUAUACUUAUGAGGUUUCAGCUUUCGAUGAGCCCCCCGAGAAGAAAAUGAAAAUAGAAACUGGGGUUUCUCUUCCCAGUAAUGUGGACUGUCAUGGAUGUAAUGUUAUUCAGCUCCUCCUCUCCAUUGAGACAACUCCUCUUUCAAUAUCUACUAGCAGGAAAAUUAUCCUAUCGAUAUCUAGAAUACUGAUGAUUCUAUCGGCUGGAAGAGUUCCUGAAAUGUAUAUACCUCUGUUGUUGAAUGGAGUAAUUGGGAUCCUCCAUAAUCGUUUUAGCUAUCUUUGGAAUCCAGCUUCUGAGUGCCUUGCAGUUUUGUUGAGCAAACAUGUCGGACUUGUUUGGGACAAUUUUGUUGACUAUCUUCAACAAUGCCAAUGCAUGUUUCAAAGAUCUCAUAAUCAACUUGACAGGAUGAGUUCUGAGUCAUCUAAGAAGCCUAGUGAUCUGGUUGAACAUUUUAAUAUGUUUGUUUAUCCUGCAUCUGAUAGCACUCCACACGCAACAGUAUUGUCCUUGUUGCUCCAGUCUCUACAGAAAAUUUCUUCUGUAGUUGAGUCUCGGUCGCGGCAAAUUUUAUCUCUGUUGUUAGAAUUUCUGGGCUAUGAUAGCAAUGAUCUUGCAAGUGUGGGAUCAUUCAUUCCAGAUGUUUGCAAAGGUAAAGAGUGGAAAGUUGUCCUGAAAGAAUGGUUGAAUUUGUUGAAACUGAUGCGAAAUCCCAAGUCCUUCUAUAGAAGUCAAUUUCUGAAAGAUGUUCUACAAAAUAGGCUUCUGGAUGAAAAUGAUGCUGAAAUACAAUUGAAGGUUCUUGAUUGCCUUUUGAUUUGGAGAGAUGGUUUCUUGAUUCCGUAUGAUCAGCAUCUUAAAAACUUGAUUAAUUCAAAAAAUAUGAGAGAAGAAGUUACAACAUGGAGUUUAUCGAGAGAAUCUGUUCAGAUAAAAGACACCCACAGAACUUAUCUUGUGCCCUUAGUUAUUCGUCUCUUGGUGCCAAAAAUCAGAAAAUUGAAGAUGCUUGCUUCUCGAAAACAUGCUAGUAUAUGUCACCGAAAGGCACUGCUUGGUUUCAUUGCUCAAUUAGAUGUUGAUGAACUUCCUCUUUUCUUCUUGUUGUUGAUAAAGUCCUUGCAUAUUAUUCCAAAGGGUGCUGAUGAUGAUGUAUUCUGGACCACAGAGAAGUACACUAUGGAUAACUUUUAUGAACUGAAUUUCUUAAAUUAUUUCACUGUGGAGAACCUAGCAACCUUGUCCUGGAAGAAGAUUCAUGGUUUUCUGCAUGUGAUUGAUGAUGUUUUUGGAGUUUUUGAUGAAUCACAUGUUAUACCUUUUCUUCAUCUGUUGAUGGGAUGUGUUGUUCAUAUAUUGGUGAGCUGCACUUCAAGUCUUGAUGUUGCAAAGGGUAGUGGAUCCUCUCUAAUAAAAGAUCAUUCAAGCACUGACCUGACUAUACAUGAGCAUGGCAAACCAUCAGGAAACAAUGUCCUGACCAGCUCAGCUGUGAAGCAGUUGAAGGAUCUAAGAUCUCUGUGCCUUAGAAUCAUUUCCAGUGUUCUCAAUAAGUAUGAUGACCAUAAUUAUGGUUGUGAGUUCUGGGAUCUUUUCUUUAAGUCAGUGAAAUCUCUAGUUGAUGCUUUCAAGCAGGAGGGUUCUAGUAGUGAGAAACCCAGCUCACUGUUCUCUUGUUUUUUGGCUAUGAGUAGAAGCCACAAACUUGUAUCGCUAUUGUAUAGGGAAAAGAAUCUGGUUCCUGAUAUUUUUUCAAUUCUAAGUGUUGCAACUGCCUCUGAAGCCAUUGUAUCUUGUGUUUUGAUGUUCAUUGAGAAUCUCCUGAAUCUCGAUAUUGAGUUAGCUGAUGAGGAUAGUGGUAUAAAGAGGCUUCUGCUUCCAAACCUUGAGACACUUAUCUGCAGCUUGCAUUAUCGUUUUCAGAGUGCAAACAACAGGAAAUUUCUUAAAUCUUCUGGAGAGACAGAGACUAGAAUUUUUAAAUUGUUAUCCCAAUACAUAAAAGAUCCAUCAACGGCAAUAAAAUUUGUGGAUAUCUUGCUACCCUUCCUAGUGAAAGGAGUUAAAAAUUCUGGUUUCUCAGUUACUGUUUUGGAUGUUCUUCAAAGCAUCAUACCAGCAGUAGGAACUGGGAGCACCAAAAGGAUUCUUAAUGCUGUCUCUCCUCUACUUGUUUCUGUUGAAUUGGAAAUGCGGUUGUCUAUUUGUCAUCUUCUUCUUGAGCUUGCUAAAGCUGAUCCUUCUGUGCUCCCAGUGGCAGAACUUGUCAGUCAGUUGAAUGCAACUUCUCCCGAGGAAAUGAACAGCCUUGAUUAUGAUUCUAUUGUUGCUGCAUAUGAUAAGAUUGACAUUAGCUUAUUUUAUACUUUAGAAGUGGGUUAUGAAUUAGUAAUAUUGUCACAUUGUGUGUAUGAUAUGUCAUCAGAAGAUUUAAUUCUAAGGAAAAGUGCACAGAGGAUAUUGCUCUUAUUUGUUGAUUUUUCUUCUCUAAUUCUUGAUGGAGAAAAGUGUAAUGGGCAUGAGUCGACCAGAAUAGUUGAAUGCUCCUGGACUAUUGCAUCCAUUCAGCGUAUAAUGAACAAGUUUAUUUUGAAGCAUAUAGGGGAAGCAAUGAAGAGUGGAAGUAAAGUUAAAAAGGAAUGGAUUGACUUACUGAGACAAAUGAUAUUAAAGCUUCCACAAUUGUCAAACCUAGGUUCAUUGAGAGAUCUGUGCUCAGGGGAUACUGAAGUUGAUUUUUUUAAUAAUAUUAUUCACCUGCAGAAACAUAGAAGAGUGCGGGCACUGACACGUUUUAGGAAAGUUGUCAGUGCAAACAGUAUGCCAGAGGACCUCUUGAAUAAGGUGUUUGUCCCACUAUUUUUUAGUAUGUUGUUUGAUGUACAAGAUGAAAAUGUUAGAAGUGCAUGCUCUGAAGCUCUUGCUUCAAUUUCUGCUGUUAUGGAAUGGAAGUGCUACUCUGUGUUGUUGAUUAGAUGCUUUCAGGAGAUGGAAAAAAACCAACAAAAGCAAAAGAUUUUGCUGCGAUUAUUCUGCUCUAUAUUGGACCGAUUCCAUUUCUCACAAAUUUGUUCUGGUGAACAAGCCAUAUACUCUUUGGAUGCUUUAGGUGCUAAUACCAUUAGUACUAGUUCUUCAUCAGUAGAUGACAAAUUUCAUGGUUCAAUGAUGGUCCCAGAGAUACAGACAUGGCUUCAUGAAGUCAUGCUCCCAAAAGUACAAAAAUUAUUGAAUUUUGAUUCUGAGAAGGUCAAUGUUGACAUCAGUCGGGCUGCACUGAAACUACUGAAGUUGCUUCCAGGAGACAUUAUGGACUCACAGCUUCCUAGUAUCAUCCAUCGUAUUUCAAACUUUUUAAAGAGUCGUUCAGAUUCCAUCCGUAAUAGUGCUAGAUUGGCUUUGGCCGAUUGUUUGAAGGAGCUUGGGCUGGAAUACUUGAAAUUUAUCUUAGGGGUCUUGCGAGCUACUUUGAAGCGAGGGUAUGAGAUGCAUGUACUGGGAUAUACACUUAAUUUUAUUUUAUUGAAGAAUCUUUCAAAUCCCAUUGUUGGGAAGUUGGAUUAUUGUUUGGAAGAUCUCCUUGCUGCAGUUGAGAAUGAUAUUCUUGGAGAUGUUUCUGAAGAGAAAGAGGUGGAAAAAAUUGCUUCCAAAAUGAUAGAAACUAAGAAGCAAAAAUCUUUUGAGACCCUGGAAUUGAUUGCCAAAAAUAUAACAUUUAGAACUCAUGCCUUGAAACUUCUUUCUGUUGUAACAACUCAUUUACAGAUGCAUCUGACUCCAAAAAGGAAAUCAAAAUUGGAAAGUAUGCUUAAUCACAUUGCUGCUGGGAUUGAGUGCAAUCCAUCUGUGGAUCAGACUGACUUAUUUGUCUUUAUAUAUGGUCUAAUUGAAGACUGGAUGAAAGAGGAAAUUGAUUUGCAUUUAAGUUCAGCCAGUACAGUAAUGAAUAACCAUAAAAGUGAUGCAAAAGAGAAAUCUAUCUCUUCAGGCCGAGUUAUUGUUACUAAAUCAACAUGUUCCCAUAUAAUUACAGUGUUUGCUCUUGGACUUUUGCUGAAGCGUUUAAAGAAUCUGAGAUCGAGCAAGCAUGAUGAAAAACAUUUAUCGAUGCUAGAUUCUUUUGUGACACUGCUAGGAAAUUGCUUGAGUUCUAAGUAUGAAGAUGUUUUGUCAGCAUCUCUUAGAUGCCUUACUUCAUUAGUAAGCCUCCCCCUGCCAUCUCUUGAAUCUCAGGCUGAUAAAAUAAAGGAAACUCUGCUGGAUAUUGCCCAAAGCUCGGUAAACUCUGGAAGUCCUUUGAUGCAGUCGUGUCUAAGCUUGUUAACGAAGCUUCUGCGCAGCACUAAAAUUACACUUUCAUCAGAUCAACUUCAUCUGCUAAUUCAGUUUCCUGUGUUCAUUGAUCUUGAAAGGAAUCCUUCUGAUGUUUCUCUUUCACUUUUGAAGGCAAUUGUUAGUCGCAAGCUAGUCGUUCAUGAGAUAUAUGAUAUUGUAGUUCGAGUUGCAAAACUGAUGGUAACAAGUCAAGUUGAAUCAAUUCGGAAGAAAUGUAGUCAGAUUUCAUUGCAGUUCCUACUUGAUUAUCAUCUAUCAGAUAAACGUUUGCAACAACAUUUAGAUUUUCUGCUAGCAAAUCUGAGUUACGAGCAUUCAAGUGGAAGAGAAGCUGUGCUUGAAAUGCUCCAUGCUAUUAUAAAGAAAUUUCCACAAACAAAAUUGGAUGAGCAAUCUCACACAUUGUUUGUCCAUUUAGUGGCUCGUUUGGCUAAUGACCACGAUAAUAAAGUUCGUGCCAUGACUGGUGUGGCCAUAAAGCUUCUUAUUGAACGUAUUAACCCACAUUUGCUUAAUUCGAUUUUGGAGUAUGGUCUAUCAUGGUAUUUGGGCAUGAAGCAGCAACUCUGGAGUGCUGGUGCACAGGUCUUGGGAUUACUAGUUGAAGUUAUGAAGAGAGACUUUCAAAGGCAUAUAAGUACUGUAUUGCCGGUGACGAGAAACAUUUUGCAGUCAACUAUAAAUAAAGUUGGAGAUGGGCUAUUGGAUCUUUCUGAUGAGGCUACCAUCCCUUUCUGGAAAGAGGCAUACUAUACACUUUUGCUACUGGAGAAGAUCCUAUGUCAGUUCCCCAAUUUUAUCCUGAACAGGGAUUUUGAGAAUAUUUGGGAAGAAAUUUGUGAGUUGAUGCUGCACCCACACACUUGGUUGCAAAACAGAUCAAAUCGCCUCAUAGCCUUGUAUUUUAGUGCUUUAACUGAAUCUGGCAGAGAACAUGAAGAGAAAGGAAGAGAAAAUUUAUUCUUAAUGAAGCCGAGUAGACUCUUUAUGAUAGCUGUUUCUCUAUGCUGCCAGCUGGAGUCCCAACUCACCUUUGAUGAGGCUGUCGGCAACUGGAUUACCCAAAAUCUUGUGUCUGCAAUUUGUACCAUGCAUUCUUUGAGAGAACAAAAGGAGUGCAUGGACCCUCACAGUGACUGGGCCACUCUUGGAGCGCAUGAACAAGGCCUGUUUCUUAGAGCUUUCAAGUUACUUGAUUCAAGAAAAGGAAAAGGAAUAUUUUUGUCUAUUAUCUCCAAGACAGCUGAACAAAAUAAUCAAGACCAGCCUAAGGAUUUUCAAUUUUUGCUUGUCUCUAAUUUGCUCAGAAAGUUGGGAAAGAUUGCUCUUCAGAAGGAGGCUAUUCAGAUGAAAAUUGUCUUCAAUAGUUUUAGACUAAUUUCAUCAGAAAUUGGUCCAAGCCACUGUCAACUUUAUGUGUGCCAAAUGCUGCCUUCAUUGUAUAAAGUUUGUGAAGGAUUUGCUGGAAAGCUUAUCACUGAUGAUAUGAAGCAAUUUGCACACGAAGUAUGUGAUAGCAUACGAAACACAGUAGGCAGUCAGAAUUUUAUACAAGUUUAUAAUGAGAUCAGAAAGAAUCUGAAGCAAAAGAGGGAUAAAAGGAAGCAAGAGGAAAAGGUCAUGGCUGUUGUCAACCCAGCUCGAAAUGCCAAGAGGAAACUGAGGAUAUCAGCUAAGCAUCGUGUCAACAAGAAGAGAAAGAUUAUGGCAAUGAAAAUGGGAAGAUGGCUGCGAUAGAAAUCGAUGCACCCCCACGUUCACCAAGUCUUUCUUGAGGACGUCUUAUUGCUGUUCACUGGUCAGUCUCUUUUGUCGAUUAAGUUUCCUAGUACUUACGUGAGAUCAAUCAAGUUUUAGGGCACUAUACAGGGAAAGAUCAGGCGGAAUUAAACCCAAUGUAAAUAAGGUUUUAUUUUCAUUUCCCAAAAUUGUGUAAUAACUCAGCGGUAUGUUAUAUUUGAACGAAUGGCAUUAUGUGUACAAAUAAAAGGUGCAAUUUGAGUAUAAAAGAUGAUGUAUCAAUAUAUGAUUAAACAUUAUUUUAAUUUUUAUUUAAUUUUAUC